AUGGCAGAAGGACAGACAGAGCUGGAGGAGAGGAUCAUCGUCAAGGACCAGCACACCAAGGAGAUCGACCUGGUCAACAGGGACCCAAAGCGCAUAAACGAGGACGUCGUAAAGGUGGAUUUUGAGGAUGUGAUAGCUGAGCCUGUGGGAACAUACAGCUUUGACGGCGUCUGGAAAACCAGCUACACCACCUUCACCGUCAGCAAGUACUGGUGCUACCGGCUGCUCUCUGCCAUCCUGGGCAUCCCCCUGGCAGUCGUCUGGGGCUUCCUCUUCGCCCUCAUCUCCCCCGGGGACAGCGCGGGAGCUCGGCAUCCUCGGCUGGAGAUGGCAGCGUCCCCGCGCGCGGGGGCACGGCCCCGCAUCCCCAGCCAGUGA